GUGGAGACACUUGCAUAGCUAUAGGCAGAGAAGAAGAUGGAGAUCAUGAUGAGGAUUGUAUUAAUGGCUACGUUUAUGGCUUUUACGAUUAUAUCUAUAGGAGAAGGCCAAUUAACAGAGAAUUUCUAUAGUUCAACUUGUCCAAACGUUGAAUCCAUAGUCUCCCAGGCUGUGACCACGAAGUUCACACAGACCAUCACCACUGGACAAGCAACUCUGCGUUUGUUUUUCCAUGAUUGCUUUGUUCAGGGAUGUGAUGCCUCGGUGAUGAUUUCGUCGCCAAAUGGGGAUGCAGAGAAGGAUGCAUCGGACAAUCUUUCCUUAGCUGGAGAUGGGUUUGACACUGUGAUAAAGGCAAAGCAAGCAGUGGAAGCUUCAUGCCCUGGUGUGGUCUCAUGCGCAGACAUUUUGGCACUUGCUACAAGAGAUGUUAUUGUCUUGCUUAAUGGCCCAUCAUACAAAGUAGAACUUGGACGUAGAGACGGGCUGAUUUCUAAGGCAUCAGAUGUCGAAGGAAAACUUCCCAAAGCAGAUUUCAAUCUCAAUGAACUGAACGCAAUGUUCUCAAAGCACGGUUUGAGCCAAACGGAUAUGAUUGCACUCUCUGGGGCCCACACCAUAGGUUUCUCACAUUGCGACCAGUUUUCAAACCGUUUAUACUCCUCUUCUGUGGACCCUACUUUGAACUCUAACUUUGCCAAACAGUUAAUGGCUGAAUGCCCUCGAAACCCCGACCCCACCGUAGCGGUUGCUCUUGAUUUCCAAACGCCGUCAAAUUUUGAUAACUUGUAUUACAAAAACUUGGUUUCAGGGGAAGGGUUGCUGAAUUCGGACCAAGUGUUGUUCACGGACAAGAAGUCACGGUCUACGGUGGUUGGUUUUGCGAACAGCCCUGGUGAUUUUAAUGGGGCCUUUGUUACGGCCAUGAGGAAGCUAGGAAGGGUUGGGGUUAAGACUGGUAAAAAUGGAGAGAUCAGGAGAGAUUGCGCGAGUUUCAAUUCGUGAUGGGUUGGUGUAGAAAUAUAAUUUGUAUAGAUUUUGGAGUCAGGGUACAAAAGUAUAUUGUGCAGGAAUAAUUUUAUAUGGGUUGUUAAGAUUAGUUUUAAAUAAAAUUAAUCUUGACUAAUAAAAUAAGAUUAAAAUUAAUUUGAUAUGCACAAUUCUCCCCGUGAUUCUAAAAACAUUUCGCGUGCAGCUUCUGCUCAUUUAGCUUCUUCAGUACACAUGCACCAAACGAAUCAUAACAGAAUAGAGCCGUUAUCUAUUAUUACAAGUUAGUUAGUUUGUUAUCUAUUGGACUCCUUUUCUUGUUAGCUCCUUUUGAGUUUUGAUAGAUGAGUUUCUUGAUGGCUAUGUAUUUUUAUGUCACCUAUAUAUACAUGGGUGGUGAAUUGUAAUAGUAACUUCGUUCGUUCAAUAAUAUUUAGAUUUUCCAAUUAUGAGAGUUCUCAGUUUUUGAUAUGGUAUCAGAACAAUAUUGCUUUGGUACUUUUGCCUCCAUAGAUCUUCUUCUCAUCAGUAACAAUGGCAGAUGCAAACCCUCCUCUUAUGGAUUUUCAUACAAAUCCUUCGAGUCCACUUUUUUACAUUCAAAUGAGAAUCCUUUUUUUGGUUCUUGUUUCUCCUCUCUUAACAGGUAAAAACUACCACACUUAGGCUCGUGGAAUGAGCGUAGCUUUGCUCUCCAAGAACAAGAUCAAAUUCAUUGAUGGCUCAAUUGUGCCUCCUCCAAUUGAUAAUGCAACCUAUUCUCAGUGGCAGAGAUGUAAUACAAUGGUGAUGUCUUGGAUCCACAGAUCCAUUUCUGAAUCAAUUGUGAAGUCGAUCAUAUGGGUUGAAAAUGCUUGUGAUGUAUGGAUCGAUCUGCUUGAUUGAUUUGCACAAAGUGAUGUCUUCCGUAUCUCUGAUCUCCAACAAGAGAUCUACAAGAUCCAUCAAGGAGAACGAACUGUGACUGAAUUUUUCACUCAGAUGAAAAUAUUAUGGGAUGAGUUAGAGAAUCUCAAACCUCUCCCCUCUUGUGAAUGACUUCCUCCAUGCACUUGUGGAGCAAUGACGCAAAUGCGACCAUACCGUGAUAGAGAUUAUGUGAUCCACUUCCUCAAAGGCCUCAAUAAUCAAUAUGCAGUUGUUAGAUCUCAGAUAAUGAUGAUAGAUCCCCUUCCAAAUGUCAACAAAGCCUUCUCUAUGGUGGUGCAGCAAGAAAGACAGUUCAGAUUUGGUACAAACGAUGGAGUUUACACUAAUCCACAACCUUUUUGUUGGUUUCAAUAACAAUGCAGGCAAUGGCAGAGGUCGUGGAAGCUCCCAUCAUUCAUUUGGUAGAUAUGGCAGAGGCUGUGGAAAAAGAAAUAGAGGACGAGGAGCUUCUGGAAAUAGAAUUUGUACGCAUUGUGGUAGAUCUAACCACAUAAUAGAAACCUGCUACCAAUUGCAUGGUUAUCCACCGGGUUUUUUGUUCAAGAAAUGCAGAUACUCAACAUACCAGCAACAAUGUGGUUAAUACUGGUUCAGAUGAGAACUCCCCGAAUGUGCACAAUCAACAACCUGAUGCUAUAACUCCUCAAUUCUCCUAUGAGUAGUAUCAGCAACUCAUAUCACUUCUCUAAAACCCUGUGAACCAAUCCACACACACUACUAAUUUUCACAUGUUUCUCAUUCUAACACAAAUGCACCAGGUAUACUGCAUGGUCAAUGGAUUGUUGACACUGGAGCCACUGACCAUAUAUCUUACUUAGUUUCUAAUUUUUCAUCUCUUCACAAAAUUGCCCCUAUAGCCAUAAUGUUACUUGAUGGUUUUAGUGUCAUGUCAUCAUAUUCAGGUUCAGUAGUUCUUUCACCCACACCCACUUUAUCAGAUGUACUAUUUGUCCCUGAGUUACGUGCAAAUUUGGUAUAUAUUACUAAAUUAGUUAAUUUUAUCAAUUUCUUUCUAACCUUUAGUGGUCAUUUUUGUUUCAUAAAACAGGUUCCCUGCCAAGCGAUGAUUGGUACUGCUGAGGAACAGAACGGCCUAUAUGUGAUAGUCCAUGACAAAGGAGCAUAUCAAAAUUGUACCUUAUAAAACUGUGUAUCAAAUAAGUUGUCCACCAGUUCAGUAGACAACACAUCCUUAUGGCAUAGAUGAUUGGGGCACGUCUCAAAUGUAGUUCUGCAUAAAAUGUCAUAUACUUUUCCCUUUAUUAGUUCAAGUCAUGUACACCCAUUCGAUGCAUGUCAUUUAGCAAAACAAAAAUUACUCCCUUUUUAUCAUAGUCAGAAUAAAAGUGUCAAAGUGUUUGAUGUAGUUCAUGUUGACAUUUGGGGUCCAUUUGUCACUCCAU